AUGUUUUCCUCAAGAGAUAAAGCAGAAGUUAAAUUAUAUUUUGAUUCAAACAAUGAAGAAAAUCAAAAAAUUUUAGAUCAAUGCCCACAUUUAUAUCAAAAGUAUGAUAAAGAUGUAACAAUAAAUGAUAGAAUUAAUAAUAUUGAAGAUUCAGAACCAACAAUUAAAAAUGGUGUUACAUUUUAUCCACCAUAUUAUUUAUAUAAUUCUCAUUUUAUGAAUUAUUAUGGUUCUUAUAAAAUUCCAAAAUUAAAUUUAAAAACUAGACGUGAAAUUUUAGUUAAUCCAAUUGAUGGUGGUACAAUUUCAUUAGACUUUUUUGAAUUAGGAGAAUUUAAAGAAGAUACACCAACAAUUGUAAUUAAUCAUGGUUUAACAGGUGGAUCACAUGAACGUUAUGUUCAAUAUUUUGCUCAACGUGCAUAUAAAGAGAAAGGAUUUAGAAGUGUUGUAUUCAAUUAUAGAGGUUGUGCUGGUAAUCCAAUUACAGCAGACCGUGCAUAUAGUGCAGUUCAAUUGGAUGAUAUUAAAUUUGUUACAGAAUAUUUAACAAAAACUGCAUUACCAUUGGUAAAGAAAUGGUUUUUAGUUGGUUUUAGUUUAGGUUCUGCCAUUUUAGUCAAUUAUAUGGCAGACGCUGGUAAAGACUCACCUUACUUGGCUCACGUUUCAAUUUCAAAUCCAAUGAAUAUGGUAGAAUGUACAAAGAAUCUCUCUUCAACCUAUAUCAAUAAUUUAAUUUAUAACAAAGGUUUAGCAAAUAAUUUAAAACGUUUAUUCCGUAAAUUCGAUGGCCGUUUAGAUAAAUAUGCAACCAAAGAACAAAUUAUGGCUGCCCAAACCAUUGCAGAUUUCGAUGAUCUUAUCACAAGUAAAAUGUUUGGCUUCGAAACUGCUCAUGAUUAUUAUUUAGCCGCUAGUAGUUCAAAGAGUAUUCGUAAUUUAGUUAAACCAAUCCUUUUCAUCAAUGCUAUCGAUGAUCCAAUCGCUCCAACUUCUGGUUUCCCUUGGAAAGAUUUUAAAUCAAAUCCAAAUACAAUCUUAUGUGUUAGUAGAUGGGGUGGUCAUUUAGGUUUUAUCUCUUAUGAAGAUCAUAUGUCUUGGUCUGAUAAAGCUGCUGUUGAAUAUCUUUCAACUUUUUUAGAUGAUAAUAAUAAUAAUAAUGAUAAUGAUAAUAAAACUGAAUAA